UCUUUGAUUGGAUAUCAAACAAAUCUUUUGAUUGGACAACGAACUUUUAGGAAAAUGUUGUUUUUCAAUCCGAUUACUCUCAAAACUCCGUUUACAGGAACAUAACAAACAUAUUUGCUCUAAGUUUCCUAUAAAUACAUUGCCGAAUGCUAAAUCACACAAAAACGAUCUACUCUGCUCAAACAUUAAGGACAACUCCCAAGAGUUCAUUAAAGGAUGAGUUUUUUUGCAAUUUUGAUUUUGAUGAUUUCAAUUGAGCUAUUCAAAACGCAAGGACCACGCUUCGGAGUAAAAGAAGACAACGUAAAAGUUGUAAAAACAAACGCAAAACACUUUGAUGAAUGUAGUAAAUGUGCUAAUGAUAAAUCAAAGCUUUUUAUACAUGCUGGACUCAAAGAAUACCACAACUUGAACUUAAAAAACUGUAACAUUUCCGAUAGUAACUUGAGUGAAUGGUGUGUUCAAAGAAUAAAUGUCAUGUUAAACAAAGCAGACUCCGUUUGUAAGAUUUAUCCGGAGGAAUGUGAGUGCAUCAAAUCGUGUUACCGAAUCAAAUAAAUACAAGCGCCAUGUUUAACUAAAUUGUUUCGUGAACCUUUAACUUCAAACUCUGCAUUUUGAUAAACAACAAUGACAAUUUUAAUUAGAUCUAUGAUUACAACUUUUUGAUUAGUAUGUAUUAAAAUAUUUUGUAAUUAAACGAUAAUAUUUUUAUAACGUAACCAACAUAAAAAUUAUUUUAAUAAUUUUUUUUAAAUUGUUUUGUAAUUUAAAAAACUUAUCUUACUUUUGUAAUAUAAAAAAAACAACCUUUUUUUUUAUAUUAAGCCAUUUUGAAUUUAACACAGCCUCAUAGACAUAAAAAAUCUUGAUAAUAGCGACAAUUUUUGCAAUUAUUCUUGCUUUAGACGCUUUUUAUAAUUUUGAAAGGAAGUAUAUUUAUGUGUGCUUGUAAUAUUUCUAUUGAUAUUGACUUGUCAAAAAGUGUUGUUUUUUUAUGAUUCAGAUAAUGUAUCUCAAUCAGUUUGUAGUUCAAUUUAAUUUUGUAUUUCCAAUAUGCUUAUUUAACGGUAGCACUGCACAACCUA